GUGUGUGUGAGAGAGAGCAUUACUCGCUCUGUCAGCUCUGAGGGAUUUCUCCACUGCCCGAAUAAACAGCACAGCGGAGCCCGCUUUGAAAACGCUGGCAGCUUCCCUCUUCACAUCAUCCUGACCAAAGCAGCACCGCUCCAGCAGAAUGGAAGGGGAGCGCUGAGACAUCGGGCUGGCAGGAUUAUUAUCCUAAAAAAAAAAAAAAAAAAAAGCAAAAAGAAAAAAAAAAAAGAAAAACAAGCAAGCAAACAAAAGAGGAGCGGGGCAGGGGUGAGGAGGGACGCACCUUGCGAUGUCGGGGAGGAACUCAGCGGGGGACCUGGUGCCCCGUGACAUCACGGAGAUCCUGGCCCGGGAGUGCAAGGCCAACAAGGGCAAGAAGAAGCAGGGCGGGUCGUUCGGCCGGGCGUUCAGCUGGCUCAAGGGCUCCAAGAAGAAGAGCAGCAGCAGCAGCAGCAACGGGCAGAGCCGGGGCGGGCGAGCGGGCGAGAGCAGAGCAUCCAAGCAGGGCCACCAGGAGCACGACUCCGCCAAAGCCGCCCCCAAACAGGAAGACGAGAGGAAGCUGACAGUCCACUACAAGGCGUCCCAACACUACCAGGAGAAUGUGUUCAUCGAGGGCAGCCGACCCCAGUACCUGGAGGACCUGCACACUGAGGCCCAGGAAGGACUCAAGAUUCUGCAGCAGGAAGAAAACAAGAAUGGAACAGAUUACCAGGGCAACCAAAGUGUCAGUUCGAUUGUGACCCGCCUGCAGCCCGAGGAGGAUGCCAGUGCCCGGCAGAGGAAGGGGUCGUUGGACUCCAGGGGCACUGCCACCGAGACCCUGUCAACUGCAUCGACCAUGUCCACGCAGUCAGCGCUGACACGUCAAGGUUCCACCUUCAAGCCUCUCACCCCUGUGAAGAGGCUAGAUAAAACCAGGAAGAGAAACCGGAGAACCACUAUAAUGGGAAUACCACACCACGUCCAAAAGGAGCUCGGGCUAGAGAGAGGAACGCUGAUUCAACAAAAUGCAGAGGGAAAACUCCUCAACGGGUGUGAAGGCCCCCCCGGCAUUAUCGUGAUACCCACGAUUGAUGGAGAGGUGCCAGCCGGCCAUCCCGAGGGGGCACGGGUGCACCUCCAAGACCUGGAGGCCCUGCAGUCCUCCAAAGAGGAGGAGCUGCUGAAGAGGCACAUCCGGGCGGUGUACCGGGACGACCUGGCGCUCAACCACAAGGCGGGCGCCCGCCUGUCGCCCAUGCCGAGGCCCAAGUCGCUGGCCGUGCCGGGCAUGACCACCAGCAGCUUCCUGCAGGAGCCGCAGGGCCCCGUCAUGUCCGUCUCACCCCAGGCCACCUACCUGUCCAAGAUCAUCCCCAAUGCCGUGCUGCCGGCGGCGGUGGAGGUGAUCGAGAUCAGCCGGGACCGCAGCCGCAGCAGCGUGCGCACGGUCAGCAAGGGCGGCCUGCCGGCGGCCAGCCCGGCCUCCUCCCGCUCCGCUGGCCCCCAGGGCCUCGGUUCCUCCAGCUGGAGCCACUCACAGUCCUCCGAGACCAUCAUCUCCAACUCCUCCACCGUCUCCUCCAAGGGCAGCGGCAGCACCCCCCGCAUCCCCAGCGGCGGCGAGGAGGCGGCCAGGGACCUUCUCCUCCCCCAGCAGGCCGCCGCCGAUGAGGUCAGCAUCGGCAGCACCGUCAGCUGGGUCAGCUCGGGCAGCACGGGCGCCAAGGCGAAGGCCGAGCCCGGGGCCGCGGGUUCGAGGGAGGCGGACGACGUGGAGAACCCGCAGGGCGACCGGGGCUUCGUGCGCAGUCUGUCGGUCAUGAAGACCAAACUGCCACCGGCGCCGCCCAGGAGAACGUACUCCCUGGCACAUGAAAAGCUCAAGCAGAGGUCUCAGGAGCUGGCGGACAUCAAGUACAUUACUGAUCCCAGCGGUGUCAACGGGAGUGUGCCCUGUGGCAAGAAUGGGGACUUUACCUACACUGCUGACUCUGCAGAAUCCGGGUCCUCCACUGCCACCAGCCCACUGAAUACUGACCAGGCAGCCACCAGGGAGGGUGCUCAGAUGGAGCAGCAGCUUCCCACCGACUCCUCACCCCAGAAACUGCCCUCCCCGGGGAACAGGUUCGAGAGGACCAUGUCCCCCUCCAGUGGCUACUCCAGCCAGAGUGGCACCCCCACUCUCUCCGCCAAAGAGAUCUGCCCUCCCUCCCCGGGCAAGAAGAAGGUUCAGCCUGUGAAACCGGAGAGAGCAAGCUCCCGGGCAUCCCCUGCUGCCUCCAUCUCAUCCUCGUUGACCUCCCUGUCGUCGAGUAUGUCGGAUCCCACUCACCAGGAGACCCCAGAUAACAACCCACCCGCCCAGCCUCUUAAAGCUCCCCCUCCCGUUGCCAUAGCGAGCACCAAGGUAGCCCCUGCGCCUCCGAUAGUCACGCUCAGGGAAGCGUUCGACAUUCCGCCACCCCCCAAAGUCAAAGCACCUUCCCCCCCGCCCCCAGAGACUUGGAUCCAUAACAAACGCACGUUUGAGCUGCUGUGCGGUCCCAAUACCUUCGCCAGCAGGUAUGCUCUGCUGCAGAAGCAGCAGCAGCAGCAGAAGCAGUCUCUCCAGAUGCAAAAGCCUGAGGCUCCAAGAGCGCAAAUUGACGAGACUGGGCCAGGCAGAGAGCAGCCCCAAGAGGAGGACAAGGCAACUGUUCUGCCAGGAAAGGAGAAGAGCACGUUGCAAAGCAUGGAGGAGCCCGCACCUGCACAGACACCUGACCGUUCGUCAGAAAGUGCCGGUGGGUCUCCAGGUAUAAAGGAUGACAGAAGUGUGGUUCAGAUGAAAGAAGAAGGAAGUCCCAAGAUUCAAAAGAAGGAAGAAGUAAGUCCAGUGGUUCAGAGACAGGAAGAGGAAGGUCCACGUGUAGAGAAGAAGGAGCCGGAAAGUUCAGUGGUGCUGAAGAAGGAACCACCCCCAGUCAUGAAAAAAAGUAGUCCAAUGGCACGUAAAAAAGAGCCAGAAAAUGUACAGGAAAGUCUGCUUUUGGGGUCUAAAGAGACUGCUAUAGAGGUGAGGAUCCAUGCUCCUCCUCAAGAGGAGAUGUCUCAAUCUACCCCUGAUGACACAGGCAAGAGUCUCACUGCAGAGACGACAACCCCUCCACAGUCAUCUAUGGAGACUCUUUCAGUAGGUGCUCCUAAAGUAGCCGGUGUUUCUCCACCUCCCUCCCCACCACCAGCCCACCAUCCUCCCCCACCCCCCUCAAAAAAGACCCCCAGCACCUCAGAGUCUAGCCCCCCGUCUGACACCUGUCAGGAGAUUAUAGCCACAGAUUCCUGCUGGCCUCCUCCCCCUCCUCCGAUGGAAGAUUCAUCUCUAUCUGCCUUCGAGGGGCAGGAUGAGAUGGACUUUCCCCCACCUCCACCUCCCAUUUUGCAAGAACUGCAGCUGGACAUGUUGGAGAGUUCUACUGUUUCGGCUGAGGUUGACAAAACCUCUGCAGCCUCUGAAGCACCUGUGAAACAUGAAGAACCAACACCAGGAGCAGGGGAGAUGGCACCUGAUGUCUCUGUCCCAGUUGCUGCCGAUGUUACCCCUAUCAUACCAGCUGAGCUCAAAUCAACCAACACAGAGACUUCCGCAUGCAUUGCACCAUGUCCUGCCCCUGCUCAGUCUGAUAUACAUGAAUCGCAAGUUUCACAAAUCCCACCCCCAUCAAAGGAAGCCCAUCCUCUGCAGGAGGAAAUCUUACCACCACAGGAAGUCCCACCCCAGCUAGAAGAAGCCCCACCCACAUCAGAGGAAGCCCCUCCUAUAAACGAUGAAGCCCCACCCACAUUACAAGAAGCUCCACCUCUCCAAGAAGAAGUCCCACCCAUAUCACAAGAAUCCCCACCUCUCAUAGAGGAAGUACCACCCACAUCACAGGAAUUCCCACCUCUACAAGAGGAAGUCCCACCCACAUCACAGGAAGCCCUUGCUGUGCAAGAGUAUAUCCCACCACCUCCACAGGAAGCCCCACCUCCCCCCCCAGUGGCACCUGGUGUGAUUCCCUCUGCCCCUCCCAUGAACGUGACCUCCGACCUCUCCAAGACUAUUACCCCAGUACCCUCAGUGAAUGUACCCCUUGCACCCCCCUUGCCCACGGAAAACCAGGCUCCUGUGAACUUUAGGAGACAGUCAAGCCUCGCAAGCCGAGAGAGCAAGACCAAGGACCAGCUGUCGCGGAGCAAAAGUACACCCGUGCACAAGGAGGACGCUAACAUUCCCCUCGUAACACCCUCCCUUCUCCAAAUGGUCCGCCUGAGGUCAGUCAACGUGGGCGACGAUCAGCCCAAGGCCCUGUCUGAAGAUGGCCAACCUGGUGAAGUGAACACUCCCAGCCAGGACCAAACCCCGAGUCAGGAGUCCAGCCAGAGUGUUCCCCAGAAGCCCGUUCGCAAGUCCCUGUCUGUAAAGUCCCCCACGGCCACCGUCGCCUCCCCUUCCAUGCGUCUACAGGAGGCCAUUCGCAUGAAGACGGCAGCCAUGUCUUCCAGGGACGGGCUUCCAUCCAGGCUAAGCCUGCGCUCCUCCGUCUCCACGGCGACCAGUGGGGACACGGGGCUGCGCUCCCCAAGGCUGCAGGAAGGGGGCGACCUGCCGAAAUCCCCAGCCUCCACUGCCAGCUUCAUCUUCUCCAAGAGCACAAAGAAGGUCGUCAUCGAAACGCCCUCGUCCUCCGAGGCCCAGUCCCAUCUCAAGCGGAGCCUGGUGGCCGAGCUCAUGCAGGUUUCAGACCCAACCAAAUCUGCGGCCGCCAACGGCAGGCCCGGUGUCCAGGCAAAGAAGCCGGGAAAAGUGCCUCCACCCGUCGCCAAGAAGCCAGCGCAUGGACCAAACCUCUCUGACAAGCCAGUGAUCCCCACUGAAAACACAGGGACCUCCCAGAGCGAGCUGAACAGUUCCUCUCCCACCCCACUGGCGACUGAAGCCAAUGGAGAAACCGAAGCAGUGCAACCUGCUGGCCAGCAAGCACUACUGAAGGAGAGCCAAGACACAGCAAGUGGUCAAGAAACUGCGAACACAGCCUCCGAUUCCUGAACCAGUGUCCGCUUUGUGAAGGCUGACUAAUAAGGAAUUAAGGAG